UUUAAAUUACAAAAUAAAUCGUAUUUGUGUUAGAAGCCUUAGAUUUAAAAAAAAAAGGACAAAAAAAUAUGACCAACGUUCAAAGUAACCGAAAUCUCAGAAAUAUCGUCUAGUUGUUUCUUCUCGUGUUGAUCGAGAUCUGUUCGGAUUGGUUGGACUUGACAGAAUAACUCUCUAACUCGAAACAUUUGUCUGUCCUUUCAGCCCUACUCCAUCCCCACGACUCUCAUGUUCUCCAACUACAUGUUUAUUCGGAUCUUCACUAGCCUGUCGCAGAAUGGUCGUAUGUGCUUGUUUGACAUUUACAAGUUGGUGCUAAUACAAUUCACAAGUAGUGGGUGAUCUUGUAACUACUUUAGGAGUAAAAUUUAUCUCGACUCUAGAGCCAUGCAAUUAUUAAAUAUUUAAUUCUUUAAUUAGUGAUCUUAUGUGAUUUUGUGAAAAUUUUAUAGAUCUUCAUAUUAAUCUGAUAAUAGGAUUGUUAACACUUGUGAGUUGUGUUUAGAUGAAAUGUCUUGGUUAGAAAAUAUGACUACAACAAAUCAACAAUAUAGCGAAAAUAUUUUUGAAAAUCCAUCAGUAUCGCUGACAUCAUCUUCUUCCGAAUUGAAUAUUCAGAAUACUUACUUUCAUGGAAAUCGCGAGUCCUCGUUCACUCAUGGAUACUUUUGGAACAAUUUUUCAAAUCCUUGCAAUAUUUCAACAUCGGUUAAUACAUUAAAUGAAAUCAAUCUGUCGUCGUUUUGUGCCACAAACAUCCAACAUUCUAACGCAAAUCGAAAUUGCCGAAUAUACAGAAGAUGGCAGCAAUACUCGCAUCAAAACUCCAGUAUCGAUGAAAAGGAUAUAAUAGAUGGAACGAUAGAAAAAGUAAACGUAAAUUCUAUGGAACAAUCUUUAGAUUUUGUUUGCGAAAAAACUCAAGAUCGUCAAAUUUCUACGACCACGAAAAUAUUUCACGCUUGGGAGAUUCCAUCGUGUCAAAACUCCGAGCAAAACACUGAGAAUGAACAAAAAUAUUAUUUAUGGAGCAACAAUUCCUUUGAGAAAGAGGUGUGCUCUGUAGAACAAGAAUGUGAGACAAAUAAGAGAUUAACUGGCGAUAAACCUCGUAAAGAAAGAACUGCAUUUACGAAACACCAAAUUCGACACCUUGAAUAUGAGUUUGCGCAUAGUAAUUACCUUACACGUUUACGUCGCUAUGAAAUAGCAGUUGCUCUAGAUUUAACAGAACGUCAGGUAAAAGUAUGGUUUCAAAAUAGACGCAUGAAGUGGAAGAGGACAAAAGCAGGAUUAGUAAAUGAAUCAAAGAAGUUUAAUUUAUCUUGAUAAUUAUUUAUAAUUUUAAAUAUUUAAAAUUUAAUUGUAAAUAUUAAAUUACA